UGCGGCCUCAUCUCGUUGUUGGAGGACGAAGAGCACGUCGACGGUUGAAACUAAAAUAACCUCGAAAAAGCGGCGACAUUUUGUUGUUUCCCUCCGAACAAGUGUCUCCAAUGAGUUGACGGACUGUGUGCUGAUGGUUCCCAGCGGGCUGCAGUAAGCUUCCAGUGGUUGUAAUGGCGGAUAAAGACGCCUGCAGGGAGUACCUCUCCUCUCUGGAGGACCUGACGUUCAACAGCAAGCCGCACAUCAACAUGCUCACCAUCCUGGCCGAGGAGAACCUGCACUUCGCCAAGGAAAUCGUGGCUAUUAUUGAAGCGCAAAUCAGCAAGGCCCCGUCCGCCGAGAAGCUUCCCGUUUUGUACUUAGUGGAUUCCAUAGUGAAGAAUGUUGGAGGAGAGUACCUUGCAGUGUUUGCUAAAAACCUAAUCACUUCAUUUAUAUGUGUCUUUGAAAAGGUGGAUGAGAACACCAGGAAGAGCCUCUUCAAGCUGCGCUCCACCUGGGAGGACGUGUUUCCUCUGAAGAAGCUCUACGCCCUCGACGUCAGGGUGAACAGCGUCGAUCCUGCCUGGCCAAUCAAAGCCCUGCCACCCUCAGUCAGCAACGCCUCCAUACACGUCAACCCCAAGUUCCUCAAGCAGUCUGAUGAUGCUCCCUCUCCCCAGCCGACUCCCUCUAAACCUCCUGCUCUUCAGGCCCUGCCCCCUCCUCUUCAGACCACGCCCCCUGCUCCUCAGGCCCAGCCUCCUCCCCAGUUGACCCCCGUCCCCCCCUCCAGCCUGACGCAGGAGUCUCUGAUUCGUCAGCAGCUUCUGGCCAAACAGAAGCAGCUGCUGGAGCUUCAGCAGAAGAAGAUUGAGCUGGAGCUGGAGCAGACCAAAGCCCAGCUGAUGGGGGGCUUUGUGAUGCCCCCUGCAGUCCCGGUGAAACCCGGCCCUCCAGCUGCUCCGGGGGUCCGUCCCUGGCUGCCCCCCCCUCAGCCCGACCCCAAACCCCCCACCAGGGACCCCCGUCUGAACAGAGCCGCCGGAACCCCCACCGGGAAGAAAGAAGGCCACGCCCACACAGGAAGUGCUGCUGGGACACCGGAGAAACCCCCACGACCCGAGAAGCCCCGGACCCCCCGAAAAGAGGCGCCAAAACCCCCCACCACCACUUCCUCCUCUCCCACCACGAAAAGCGUCCAGAUGAAACCGAAACCGGCGGAAAACGAGACCAAAAAGGACCCCCGUUUGAAGAAGAGGGGAGGUGGGGCCGUCAAAGAGGAGGAGCUUAAGAAGAAGAAGGAGGAGCCUCUGAGAGGGGGCGGCAACAAAGGGAAGCUUCUGAACGGAUCGAAACACGACGAGGAGAAGAUGGAGUUCAAAGCGGGGGGCAACGCUCGCACCCACGCCAGGAAACGCUCCCGCUCGCCCCCCGUCUCGCCCCCGAAGAGGAAGGAGCGCCGCCGGACGCGGAGCAGCUCCCUGUCCCCGCCCCCCCCCUUGCACAAACCAGGAAAAACCCCCCGACGGGAACCAGAACACGGCAAGAAGAAGAGCCAAUCGGAGAGCAGGAGGUCCAAGAGGCCGGUGGAGGACCCCCCGCACCCCCCCCACUCCCCCCGGGGCCACGACGGGGCCAAGGAGGGCAAGGAUGGCCCGGCCCCCCCCCACCGCUGGAGGAGCGGCUGGGAGGAGAACAAGCACCCGAAGCCUGAGGACCCCCACCUGAAGCCGGCUACCCCCCGUCACAAACCCUACAGCGCCCCCACCCGCCCCCAGACGCCUCGCACCCCAAAGCACCGCCUCAGUGUUGACGCCAACAUGCAGAUCCCCGAGGUCCUAAACUCCGCCUCCAAGAAGGACCUGCUCAGGAGGGCCAGUAAGCGUCUGGAGAGCGGAGAGAUUUCUCAGGAGGACUUCCUGAACAUGGCCCACCAGAUCAAGCACUUCUUCCAGUACCAGGAGGAGAAGCAGCGCCCCGACAGCUGGGAUCCCCUCAGUGGUCUCCCCAGACCCCCCCUCACCUCCGGGGCCCCCAGACCCCCCCUCACCUCCGGGGGCCCGCGACCCCCCCCAGCUGCCAUGGACGCCGCCGAGCUGUCGUACUACGAACACAAGUUGAAGCUGAGGAAGACGCAGGUGAACCGGAGGGCGGCCGGAGAGGAGUGGGAGGGAGACGAGAGUCCAGAGGAGGCGGAGGGGGAGGGGGAGGGGGCCCCGCCGCCGCCGCCGCCGCCAGGGAAAUACAGCCGGGGGCCCCGAGACAGACCAGGGGAGAGGAGGAGUAAGGAGGCGGAGGAGCCGCGCCCCCCUCUCGGACCAAUGAUCGAGGAGUAUAAUCACGGGAAGGAAUUCCCAACUCUGAAGAGUCUGCCGGGACUACGAUUCAGGAGGAGAGCAGACCCCCGGGAGCCCACUGAGAGAGAGUGGACGUCUCCUCUGAUGGAGCGGCAGCGCCUCAGUGAGGAGAAGAGUGGGUACGAGGCCCCCAGGAGGUACGACCCCCGCCGCCCCGAGGCCCCCCCCCCCUCCCAGAGCCCUGCUGAGGGGCUCCGGUUUGAGCGGGAGCGCCUUUCCCCCCCGAAGGACCCCGAAAGCCCCGCCCCCCGCUUCGAGAGCCCCACCAGUGAACACUCUGACGACGGGCCCCUGGAGGCCCCCCCCUCUCACCUGCCCCCUCCCCCUCCUAAAUCCAUCCUAAAGGCCCCUAUCCGCCCGUUGACCUCCGUUCGACACAGCGACUCCCCAGGACACACCCCCCCUCAGGACGGAGGUCCCCCCCCCCCACCACAACGCUACGACGGAGGGCCCCCAGCUCCCACAAACAGGCCCCCGGCGGGAUGGUUCGAGGGAGGGGUGCGGUACGACGACCCCCCACGCUUCGAUGGGCCUCAUCAACCAAGCCGGUUUGAAGCUGGGGGGCCACACCACUUUGAUGGCCCCCCCCACCCUUCUCACGGGCCAAUGAGAGGCUUCGAGGGCCCCCCCCACCCUCAGGGCCCCGGGAGGUUUGACGGCCCCCCUAGAUUCGACGGCCCCGGUCACUUCGAAGGACCAAUGAGACGAUUCGAUCCCCCCGGCUCUGGUCCAAUGGGCUUCCAGCAGCGGCCCCUGCACUUCGACGGCCCCCCAAACCAGAUGAGGUUUGACGGCCCGAUGCGGUUCGAUUCCCCCGGGCAACAGGGCCCCAGAUUUGACCUCGGGCCCCACCAGGGGGGGCCCCCGCACUACGAGGGCCCCAUGAGGUUCGGCCCCCAGCACAACAUGCAGCCCCCGAUGAGGCCGAUGGCGCCGCCCCUUUACGACGGACCCCUGGCCCCCCAGCAGAACUUCAAUAUGGCCCCCCAGCCCAUGAACCCCCAACAGUUCCCCAUGGCCUUCCCUCAGCCGGGGGGGAACUUCAACCUGCAGCCGACCUACAGCCAGCCGGGCCCCGGGAACUUCUACAACCCCGCGGCCCCCGCCAUGCAGCAGCCGAUGCUGGGGGCCCUCGGUCAGCCCUUCCUGCCUCAGAGCUCCGGGCCUUACGUUCAGACCCCGGCCCCCCCCCCAGAGAACCACUUUGGUCAGGUUGAUGUGAACGACCUGCUCACUAAACUCAUCUCCAACGGCAUCAUCAAACCCUCGCUGCCCGACGCCCCCUCCAACAAAGAGCCUGUGCUGGUUCUCCCUGCAGCGCCCCCUGUGGCGGUGGAGGAGGAGGAAGAGGAGGCGGAGGAGGAAGAGGACGAAAACCUCCCAGACCUCACCGGCUUCAAAGUGGACCACAUGAAACUGCGGUACGAGUGUGUGGUGCUGCGGCUGUACUCGGGGAACCAGUGCUGUCUGUGCAGCAUGAGGUUCACGGCCAAGCAGACGGACCUGUACGCAGAUCACCUGGACUGGCACUUCAGACAGAACCACGCAGGAAAGGUGGUCGGGAAGAGGAUCACACACAGACGCUGGUACUACGGACUGAGGGACUGGGUGGAGUUCGAGGAGAUCGCGGAUCUGGAGGAGCGAGCGAAGAGCACCUUCUUCGAGAAAGUGAACGAGGAGGAGGUGCAGAAGAGUCAAGCCGCCGCCAAGGAGAAGGAGUUCCAGAGCGUGAAGGCCACCAAGGACGCCGUGGGGGAGCUGUGUGAGAUCUGCCAGGAGCCGUUUGAGACGUACUGGGUGGAGGAGGAGGAGGACUGGUUCCUGAAGGACGCCGUCAGGGUCGACGACAAGAACUUCCACCCCGCCUGUUUUGAAGAUUAUAAAAACACGUCGUCGUACAUGGACGUGACGCCGUCGCCCAGCAAGCUGCUGACGGAGCACCCGCUGACCGCCUUCAUUAAGACGGAAGAAGAAGAGCAAGGGGGCAGGACUUCCUGUGCGUUCGCCAAAGUGAAACAGGAAGUGGCCGAGCCCAUGGCGUGUUCACUUCCUGUGGUGAAGAGCGAGGAGGCGGAGGUUUUAACGGCGGCGUGUCCGAGUGAGGAGGGCCCGAGUGAGGAGGGCCCGAGUGAGGAGGGCCCGAGUGAGGAGGGCCCGAGCGAGGAGGGCCGAAACGAGGCCGUUCUGAGCGAGGGCCGAAACGAGGCCGUUCUGAGCGAGGGCCGAAACGAGGCCGUUCUGAGCGAGGUCCGAAGCGAGGACGCGGGCCGAAACGAGGACGCGGGCCGAAACGAGGACGCGGGCCGAAGUGAGGCCGAGUGACGCUGCUUUUCUGAUUUUAAGGAAAAGCGCUUUUACAUAAACUUGAAUACGUUUUGGUAUUUCGGAUCCUGCCGUUGUUUCUGUGAACUCAAGAAGUCUGUUUGUGGCUCAGAUGUAAAUGAUUUAAUUUAUAAAUUAAAGUAUUUUUUGGUACCUCUGGUGUAACAGUGAUUGUGAUUUACCGUUGAUUUAACGUCGGGGAACUUCCUGUCAGGUAAGCAUCGCCGAGGAGCCACUUCCUGUUUCCUUUUCCUUCAAUCAAGAGUGUGUGACGCCAAGGUUUUCAAAAUAAAGAAUGAGUUCAUUUACAGUU